UGUAUUUCUAUGCAUAAAGAAAGGGGGCAGCAUGCUAGCUUCCAUCGUGACGGUACUACCUCAGUAUGCCUUGUUUUGCCUUUGCCUUCCCUGAUUUUGGCUGGAGUUAUUCCAAUUCAAGUUCGAUUGGAACUACCCAUGCCUUUCCUCUUCGAUCUCUGUCGCCAUCUGGCCGCGCUUCUAAAGUUGUGGAGUAGCAAAUGAUUACUUUACCUUUUCUAGUUUUAGUUUAACUGCUGGUACAACUUGCUAUUGUGAUGGAGCUAGUUGGUCUGCAGAACAACACCGUGACACAGAAAGAGGACAACUACUUUUACUAAUGAUUUCUUUUCUGCUGUACUAAGAUGGUCGUACCGUACUAGUAAAUAACUAAACACAUUGACAUUCAUUGCAGGGACAUUGGAUGGGAAAUGGAUCAGGAGCACAAUCCACUCGAAUCCAUGCUAAAUCUGGGUUGGCACAUAGAUCAAUGGGCACACUUCCCACCAACUGGUUGUCAUUCAAACUCAUGCUUCCCAAAACAGUCAACAACCCAAGCUCAUCUGGGAUGCUUCCGCUCAAGUUGUUCUCGUGCAAACCCAAGGCGGUUAGCUUGCUCAACAAUCCUAGCUCACUGGGAAUCUCUCCUCGCAAAAAGUUGGGCCCCAACCCCAAAGUUGUCAAGUCGGUCAUGAGCCCAAUCUCCGAAGGGAUGCUCCCAAUCAAUGCAUUCCCAUACAAGCCCACAAACUGCAACGUCGUGGACAAUCCAAGUUCAGUGGGCAUGUUGCCCGUCAAGGAAUUGUCCCACAAGCUCAACCUCGUAAAUGCCGUCAACAAACCUAGCUCCGAGGGAAUGGGUCCAUUCAAAUUGUUAUUGUACAAAUUCAGCUCCAUCAAAGCGACCAUGGAGGCUACUUGACUCGGGAUUAAACCACUCAACCGGUUGUCUCGGAUGCCAAUAUUAGUCAUGGCGGAUAGACACCCUACUUCCGAUGGAAGGGUCCCCGUCAAACUAUUCCUUGAGAAACUCAAUUCUUGCAAAUUCGUCAACAACCCGAGUUCGGUGGGAACUCCUCCCGUGAGUUCAUUUCCAAACAAACUCAAUCGCGUCAAUGCCGUCAACCAUCCAAUGGUGGUGGGGAUGGUUCCCGUCAAUCCUUCGGAUCCGCGAUCGAGUUCCACCGUGGUGGCCACAUCGUACGUGACAUUAAAGAGCUCGACGGUGGGAGGUGUCAACGACAUUCUUUCGCUGGUGGUGGAAAUGGUAUCAUGACGGGUCUCGCACUCGCCAUCCGCGGAACAAGUGGUCGUAAUGGUGGUGGUGAUGAUAGUCGUGGUAAUGGUAUAGUUUCCAUCUUCGGGAUCCACAGUAGUGGUCGUAUUGAGACUGGCCGUUACCACUUGCGAGAGCAUCAGCCACAAGAAGAGAAGAGGAGCCGUCCAUGCAGCAUGACGUUUCGUAGAACCAAGGAUGAUCAUCUUGUCUUGUUUCUGACAAGGGUUCUGCUAGGUGCUUUUGAGAAAAUAGAUGCCUUGUGUGGAGUGGACGAAAGCUUUCUUGGUCGUUACAAAGGAUUUUGUCGGUGGAGUUCUGGUUGCCAAGGUUGUUUCUCAAGAAAUUUGGUGACACGAAAGAAGCGGACCAAAAGAUACUUCCGAGUGAAGAUCCAGUGAAGAUCUUUGAAACAUCCCCGACUGGACAAGAAGGAUCUAAAUCUUUCCUUGACUUUUCAAUCACAGAACCCUUGCAGAAACUCGAGCCUUACCGUUGAUUUGACGAUAAUUUUAGCGUUAGAGCUUGUUGGUUACACUUUCGCCGCACUUCUAUCUUCAUCUCAUUUCUUCAUUUCUUUAGUUAGUUGAAGACAAAGAAGAUGAAGUUAUUUCCGAGUUCCACACGCCGCCGUUCGUCUCGUCUUUUCUCUUCUACGACGUCUUGUGGUUCCUCCUCUUCCUUAUUGGAUCAGUUGCAAGACCCCAAAGUGCACAAUCCCGCCUUGUCGAAUCAAAUCGAUUUGCUGGGAGUCAGUGUGCAUCAUUUCGUUACCGUCUUCUUGCCAUCUGUGUUGGAGGAGUAUGGCGACCAUGGCGGGGAGCGUCGCUUCAUGGACAUUGAAAAUCUCAAAUCGCCACACGGCUUUGUCCGUCAAAAGGGCGCUUCCACCAAAUGUCCACUCGACGGUCAAAUGGGCGCCGCUUACGUCCAUACGCUACAAGGCGAGGAUCACGUCGGUCCUUCCACGGCCAUGCUCAGUUGGACCUGGAAGUAUACGGUUAGUGGAGUCGUAGAGACCCUUAAAGACUACUGCGAAGAGCAUCGAUUCAACCCCAAGAGAACUUAUAUUUGGAUGUGUUGUCUCUGUGUCAAUCAGCAUCGAGUGGUCCAAGCCAACCACUCGGGCAUGCUCAACAAGUCCAGUUUGGAUUUUCAAAACGAAUUCCGAAAACGUGUGCUGGGUAUUGGAAGAGUCCUAGCCAUGAUGGGGCCAUGGGAUGAUCCAGAGUAUCUCAAGCGCGUUUGGUGCAUCUUUGAAUGCUUUACGGCCAUUCACGGGGAUGUGGACAUUACCAUUGUCAUGCCACCCAAAGAACGAGAGCGCAUGAGUCGCAUUCUACUGGGAUCCAGUGAUACUAGUUCUAGCAAUACUAGUACUAGCAGUCAGCAAGAACGACAGUCCAGUUCGACAUCACUCAAUCAAAUUCAAGAAGAAGGACAAGGAGAAACCAAACAAGGAGAAACCAAAGAAGAAACCAAACAAGGAGAAGCACACAGUAAUACACACCAACCUCCUCCUCCCAAAGAAACCUCCUCCUCCAUGUCAAGUCCCAAGUCAUCGUCAUCAUCAUCAUCCUCACAACACCAAAAACAAUUACUCCGAUCUUCUUCUUCCUCCUCUUCGUUGGCACCACCCUUGGCCAUGCAUCCACAUGGACUCCAUCAAGGAGGAGUCGAUGCCCUCUACAAGGCACUCUCCAAAAUAUCCGUACAAAAUGCACAAGCUACGGUCCAAGAAGACAAGAUACAAAUCAUGAAUAUUCUACAAGAAUCACAGUUGGGAUUUGAUGCCGUCAACAAACAGGUCGCCAAUUACUUGAGAGAAUGGGUACGACGCGCCAUUGAUGUCAUUGUACUAGAGCAAGUAGAUCGUAUGGAACAGGCCGCCAAGGAAGAAUCCAAAGAAAUACUCAAUCAAAAUGAAUCCGAUGCGCUCGAACGGGAAAAACUCACCAUGAGACGAUACCGGCUCACGCAUGCGGCAUUCUGUACCAAUGUCGCCAUGCUAUUUCAACGCAAUGGAGAAUUUGAUGCUGCUAUCGAAAUGUUCCAAAAGAGUCAAGCCAUCUACGAAUUAGAAUUGGGGGAAAAUCAUGCCUACACGGCGGCCACACUCAGCAAUAUUGGGUCGGCAUUCAUGGCACAGGGACAGCAUAAAAAGGCUGAAGAAAUGCUUCAUCAAGCCAUCAACAUUCAAAAAUCACUCCCCGAAGCACACCAAAAAAACAUGGCAACCACAUAUGCCAAUCUAGCACAAGUAUUGCAUGGAAAGGGAGACUUUGACAAUGCACUGCAAAUGUACAAGCAAGCUGCCAAAAUAUCCGAAAAAUUCUAUGGCAGUGAUCAUCAAGCCACGGCACCAAUCUACAGUUGCAUGGGAUCUUUGCUGCUGCUCAAGGGAUGUCACUCGGAAGCACUCGUCAAUUUUCAAAAUGCACUCGAAAUAUUCAAGGUCACGCCCGGAGAGAAUCACCCCGACACGGCCAAAACUUACAGUGACAUUGGACGCAUCUACCAUGGACAAGGAGACUACGUCAAGGCACUGGAAAUGCAAGACAAGGCCAUUGCCAUUCAAGAAACCGUACUGGGGAAUCACGUACACACGGCAACCAGCUAUCUCAACAAGGCACGGUCACUACAGGCCAAGGGAGACUACGACGAUGCACUCAUUGUCUACAGCAAGACGCGAGAUAUACUGGAACGAAAGGUGGGACGCAUGCAUCCCACCACGGCGGCCACGUUUUGCAGUUUGGGUUCGCUCUAUCAGGCCAUGAAGAAAUACCCGGAAGCCGUGGACAUGUACCACAAGGCACUCAAAUUCUACGAAGUGGCAUUUGGGAAGGAUCACUUCUCCACGGCCCGUGUCUACAGCGAAUUGGGAUCGGUGUUGCACGACAAGGAUGAACGGGGUGAUCAAGGCAAAGCUUUGACGAUUCUGCGACGAGCUCAAGCCAUUCAAGAAGCCUCGCUGAAUCAUUUGCAUCCGAGUCUGGCAACAACCUACUUGAAUCUGGGCCGCGUUAUGAAGGCCAAGAAGGAUUACACGCACGGCAUGGAAAUGUAUAAAAAGGCUCUCGCCAUUCAGGAGAAGAUUCUGGGCAAGAAUCAUCCGACAACGGCAUCGACGUACAGCAGUGUGGCGUCCUUGCUGGCAGCCAUGGGCAAACGAGCCGACGCCCUGGCCGAGUACCAAAAGUGCCUGGCCAUUCAAAAAAAGGUGCUGGGCUCCAAGCAUCCACUGACCGUCAAAACGAUGCGCAAGAUGAAGAGUUUAAAAUAAUAGACAAACAACACUGUUUUUGCUUUUGCAACAACCGUGUUAUGCGUGUAGCUAUCGCCAUAGUGGUCU